AUGGGCACAAUCAACCGGCAGCCCAAUCGCUAUGACGUGAGCGCCGUCUACACCCAUCCCGACGCCAAGGUCGACAUUGUUCUCGUUCAUGGCCUGAACGGGGAGCCAAAGCGGACAUGGGCGGCCAAGGAUAAUGGCGUCUACUGGCCCGCCGACCUCCUCCCACCCUCGCUCAAGGGGCGCCAUGCCAACAUCCUGGUAUACGGCUAUAACGCGGACGUGUACUCGAAUCGCAAGGACAAGAGCCCCAGUGACAACUUCAUCCACGUCCACGCGCAGACGCUCGUCGCCAAACUUAGCAUCUACCGCAGAAGCGAGGAGACAACCCGCAAUCCCAUCAUAUGGGUAGCACACAGCCUCGGCGGUAUCCUGGUCAAGCGUGCGCUCCUGUACUCCAACGAUCUCCAGAACAGGGACCAGGAGCCUCUGAGGUCCAUAUAUGUGUCAACGUAUGGCAUCCUGUUCCUCGGCACGCCUCACACCGGCUCUAACCUGGCCGUCUGGGGCACUGUCCUCCAAGCCAUGUCGGACGCGGUUGUGCCCAAGGGCAUCUUCGAGACCGAGUCGGUUCUGCUCCGCACACUCAAGAAGGAUAAUGAGACGCUCCAGGCCAUCAACAACCACUUUCUUGACAUCUAUCAGCGCUUCAGGAUCCACAUGGUGCACGAGAACUUCAAGACCCCAAUCAAGGGACACAAGAUCCUCGUCGUUGACGCAAACUCGGCCGGGCCCCAGCUCCCUGGUGUCACCUACUACGGCAUCGACGCGACGCACUCGGGCAUGUGCAAGUACGACAGCGCUGAUGCCCCCGGCUACCGCAUUGUGUCGACCACGCUGCGCGACUGGGUUGCCGAAGCAGCCCCGUUUGUCGAGAUGCGAUGGAAGGUCGAGGAGGAGGAUCGCCGGAUGAAGACAGUGAACCAAAUGCAUGAGAUGGGGAUGCCCUAUAUGCCCACCAGUCCAUCUGGCUCCAGCCAGGCCCAGCAACUCGAGCUUGGUAUGUACCCCCAAUUUUCUGGGGUGGUUGGCGCUAGUUCCUCGUCUGGUGGCGUUCCCCGAGGGCCGGGCCUCAUCCUCGCGCCUCGCACAGCCGCUUCACAGCCGGCAUUCGAGGUAGAGGUGAUGGAAGACGAGGAGGACAAGGUCUCGGCGGGGCAGGCGAGACGAAGAGACACAAAUACUACACCGUCGCUUGCCGAUCCUACCCACGCACCCGCCAUUCUUGGUGGUCCCGAGACGACGCCUCAGGCUUUAGGCCCAGUCCUACACGACGGGACACAUGCAGGCCUGCCACAUCGUCCCAGCUCGGGCCUCCACGACCACAUCUUCAUACACCCUGAGCCGUUCAGGCCCAACUUUCAUAACGUCGGUCGGCAGCAGGAAAUGAAAAUGCUACAUAAGAUGCUGAUGGACAAGGGCCGCAGGGACAUGGGCACUUCAGCUGUGCUGAUACAGUGUCUCCCAGGCGGCGGCAAGACGCACCUGGCACAGCAAUAUGUCUUCAAACACAAGGCUGACUACCCGCAUGGCGUCUUCUGGAUCCAGGCCAAAUCCGUUCACGAGAUGGAGUACUGGUUUUGGAGUAUCGCAAAAGAGCGUGUCAUCCCGGGCUCCCUCCAAAACGCGGCAGGCAUGACCAAAAACCAACUGCAGAAUCCAGAUCAGGUCGUCGAGAUGGUGCGCGAGUGGUUCCAGACCUUUGACGGCUGGCUUAUCGUCUUUGACGGCAUCCGAUUCGACACCCCGGACAUAAAGCGCUUCAUCCCCGAUCGGCGAGAAACGGCAAUCAUCUACACUUCCACAGACGGCACCGCGUCGGGGGAUAACAGCUUUGACAGCCCACAAGUCAUAGAACUGCCGCUCCUCUCGGCCCAGGAGGCGCAGGAGCUGCUGCUCACCGAGAUGAACAAGCCCAAGCCGUGGUCUCGUGACGACCUCGAGCGCGCCCUCGAGCUCGUGCGGCUCAUGGAUAGGCUACCCCUGAUGAUCCACGUUGCCGCGCAGCAGCUCAAGGCCACGCGUGAGCCGCUGUCCAAGUAUCUCCGCUCGUUCCCGAGCCGACAAAAGGCCGGUAGCCUGUCAGCCUACAGGGCUGUCUAUGACCAGUUGGACAGUCGAGGCGACCAAAACGCCGCAUUGAAUCUGAUGUUCAUAUUGGUCUUUUUUGAUUCGCAUAUCCCAGUUGAGAUGGUUGCUCUUGGCUUACACGCACUAGACAAGAGAACCCCCUGGAGGACCCGCGACGCUAGAGAUAGCAAAUCCAGCCUUACCAACACGUUGAAGGUGCUCAUCAUGUUUGCGCUCGUCGAUAGGGUCGAGAGCGACGACAUAUCGCCGGCAAGCUCGCGGAGCUCCAGACAAGACUUUGACCGAAACGCCGAGUACCUGGACAUUCUCCGGGUGCAUAGCGUAGUGCAGGCAUUCUUCAUCGAGAUGCUAAUGGAGAAGAAGGCGCAUCUCUUCUGGCUCGAGAGGGCCGCCACCGUCUUCUGCCGCGCGUUCGACGACGCCGACGGGCGUAUACACAACGACCCCAAGGUCGGGCUGCCCGACGACUACCGCCGCCUCCAAAUCCACGGCCGGAAGCUGCUUGCCCACGUCAACCGCCGGCUAGAGCGCAAGCCGACGCCCGAUGAGGUCCAGUGCCUCACCUCGCUCCACGCAAAGCUCAAGGAGCGGUGCGACCUCUGCUCCGACCCCAUCAAACAGCUGAGCCGCGAGGUCGCCGCUCACAUCGUCGCAGGAUCCAACGAGGUCUCGCGCUCCUCGGUGUUUGAGCGUAGUGACAGUCGCUCCGAGGACGAUAGCAUGAGCGGCUCGGGAAGCCACCACAGCAUUUGGGAAAACGGCGGCGGUGCUUGGACGCCAGAUCCCGAUGGCUCUAUCGGCGCCGGUAGAGGCGCGGCCGGUCGCGGGGACGAUGAUUCGGGCUAUCACGAAUCCCCCACCGAGAUGCACCAUCCGUCUGGCUCCUACUUUCACUACGAGGACAUCGACCCUGUACACUUCCAUGUACCCUAUCUCCCUCCCUCGGGCCCGACGCCGUAUCCGCAGGGAACAGAAGGGGGCAUACUCAUGCCUGGGCCGGCUUCAUACGACGGCGACGACGACGGCGACACCGAAGUGCCGCCAGUGCCAUCGCCGCGGAUGCCUCCACCCUCGGUCAACCCUGAGCCUCCAAACUCGCCGCCUUGGCAUACCGUACCAGGCCGCAAAAUCAGCACCAAGUCACACAGGACGGUGAAGAAGAACGAGAGCCGCCGCUAUCACGACACCCUCGGCGCCCUGCGGAGCGAGAACGACCCACGAAACACCAUGUCUCUGAAACGCCAGACUUUCCAGGGAGGCCCACGCGGCACCAUGACUUUCAGUCGCCAGACGGCCAAAGGCAUCAUCGGAUCCGACGCCUCAGUUGCGCAACAGGAGAAGCGGAAUCAGCGCGCCGUUGUGCCCCCAGCCACGUCGUCACCAAGGGGCGCCAACGUGAUCCUAGCAACCCUCAACAGGCUGAAAGACGCCGCGAGACCCCCGCCAUUCCCGCCCCUGGCGAUCCCCUCCACAGAUGUCGCUCUCGAAGUCGUCGCCCAGGUCCAGGAUGGCGCGCAGGCCGCCGCGCCGGGCUCGGCCAGGACGGCGCGGCUGGGAAUGAAGGUGCGACCCAAGAGCUGGGCCAGCGUUGCCGCAGGGACGAGCAGCAGGGGGGCCGGACUGGAGCACCAAGACGAGACGGGCGGGCCAACCGGCGAGUUUUUCACCGACUACCUUCCGUCAGAGUCCCAGGGGGCAUCGCCCUCAAGCUGGACAGAGAAGACGCAGAAUGUCCUUCUCCGCCUCCGGGACCAAUUCCGUGCCCGCGCGUCAAGCUCUGGCAGCAACCCGGCAAGCGCGGGUUCUGGCGGCGGUGACAACGAGGGCCGCGAGAAGAACACGCCGAGCCCGACCCCAAAGCCUCGCAAGGCGGCCGCACAAGCGCCAGGGCCCCAGGAGGGCCCGUCCAGGGAAUCAAGCGGGACACCGGCAUCUCUAAACGCCAAUGGGAGCCCACAUCAGUCGCCGCAACGGCAUCACUCGCCCGCAUUCCUUGGCCGGCGCUCGGCUCAGGCGAGCCCAGGACAAGCAACAUCGGGCUUCCGCCCUCCUCCGCCUCCCCCUCCGCCAGGCUCGCCACCCAACGAGUUCGCAGGUGGACAGGAUGCGCCGUACAACGGCUGCCCCCAUUUCCAGUCCCUCCCCGGGGCGGGGCCUCCGGUGCAGCGGUGGGAGUCCGAUCUGCAGCACCCGUUCAGAAAGGGGCUUGGGUACAUCGACUCCACCGAGCUUCUCGGCUCGUUUCCCGACGGCGAGGAGGAAUACCACGAGAACGGGCAUGCGAACAUAAACGUGACCCGAUCGAUGCCGUCGAUGCGCGACGGAGAGAGCGGGCUCGAGGCCGAGGGCGCCCACGGCGAUGGCUACUACUACCCCCGCCACAACCCUGCCAGCCCAGGCCAGCGAGAGAGGCAGGGGCUCCAAGGGUACCGCCAGAGCCCGUACCGCAUCAACGUCCACCCGCCCGACAUGACCUACUCGCCCUCGCCGCCGGACGGGUACUCGUCCCUCCCCAUGUCGCGCAACCCGAGCGGCGGCUCGCAGCAGCAGCAGCCUGCCGACCAGGCCCGUCAGUACGGCCACCACAACAACAACAACAGCGGCCACCUGACCGGCCUCGGGCUCAGGAUCGGGUCGGUCCAGGGGAUGCCGGGAUACGCGACAGGGUCCCAUUCAUCGCCCACAAACAGCCCUUCGUCCGCCGCCGCCGCCGCCUGGCCGUCGUCGCACCACCAGCGCCACCCGUCACAACGCCACCCAUGA